UUCCGGAAGCAAGCCUCAGCGGCUGACCAUGGCGACUGCCGCGGAGCAGUGGGUGCUGGUGGAGAUGGUACAAGCACUGUACGAGGCUCCUGCUUACCAUCUUAUUUUGGAGGGGAUUCUAAUACUCUGGAUAAUCAGACUUCUUUUCUCUAAAACUUACAAAUUACAAGAACGAUCUGAUCUUACAGUCAAGGAAAAGGAAGAAUUGAUUGAAGAGUGGCAACCAGAACCUCUUGUUCCUCCUGUAUCCAAAGACCAUCCUGCUCUCAACUACAACAUAGUUUCAGGCCCUCCAAGCCACAACAUUGUGGUGAAUGGACAAGAAUGUAUAAACUUUGCCUCCUUUAAUUUUCUUGGAUUGUUGGAUAACCCUCGGGUUAAGGCAGCAGCUUUGGCAUCUCUAAAGAAGUACGGUGUGGGGACGUGUGGACCUAGAGGAUUUUAUGGCACAUUUGAUGUCCACUUGGAUUUGGAAGACCGCCUGGCAAAAUUUAUGAAGACAGAAGAAGCAAUUAUAUACUCAUAUGGAUUUGCCACUAUAGCCAGUGCUAUUCCUGCCUACUCUAAGAGAGGAGACAUUGUGUUUGUAGAUAGAGCUGCCUGCUUUGCUAUUCAGAAAGGAUUACAGGCAUCACGUAGUGACAUUAAGUUAUUUAAGCAUAAUGAUAUGGCUGACCUGGAGCGACUACUAAAAGAACAAGAGAUUGAAGAUCAAAAGAAUCCUCGAAAGGCUCGUGUGACUCGACGUUUCAUUGUAGUGGAAGGGUUGUAUAUGAAUACUGGAACUAUCUGUCCACUUCCAGAAUUGGUUAAAUUAAAAUACAAAUACAAAGCAAGAAUCUUUCUGGAGGAAAGCCUUUCAUUUGGAGUCCUGGGUGAGCAUGGCCGAGGCAUCACAGAACAUUUUGGAAUCAAUAUUGAUGAUAUUGACCUUAUCAGUGCCAAUAUGGAGAACUCACUUGCUUCUAUCGGGGGUUUCUGCUGUGGCAGGUCUUUUGUAAUUGACCACCAGCGGCUUUCAGGCCAGGGAUACUGCUUUUCAGCUUCAUUACCUCCCCUGUUAGCUGCUGCUGCAAUUGAGGCUCUCAACAUCAUGGAAGAAAAUCCAGGUAUUUUUGCAGUAUUGAAGGAAAAAUGCAAGCAAAUUCAUAAAGCUUUACAAGACAUUUCUGGAUUAAAAGUAGUAGGGGAGUCCAUUUCCCCAGCAUUUCACUUACAGCUAGAAGAGAGCACUGGAUCUCGAGAAAAAGAUGUUAAACUACUUCAGGAAAUUGUAAAUCAAUGCAUGAGCAGAGGCAUUGCACUAACUCAGGCACGGUACCUGGAGAAAGAAGAGAAGUGCCUCCCACCUCCAAGCAUUAGGGUUGUGGUGACGGUGGAACAAACAGAAGAGGAACUGGACAAGGCUGCAGCCACAGUCAAGCAGGUGGCCCAGGCUGUCCUGCUUUAGUGCGGACUGUGGGCCACUUGGCCACCUGCCACGUAACAUGAACACAGACGUCGGUGUUGCUGCUGAGCGACCUGGAGGAAGGCCUGUGGAUGUUUGGGGAUUUUUUACAGUGGUAGAUACGGACUCUGGCACGAGAGGGAUGCUGGUUAUUCUUAAAACAGAAAACAUGCCUAAAAGCCCAAGAUAUUUUUAAGAGUAAAACUAAUGACAGCAAAAGACUAGUAUUUAAAUUGUGCUGUUUAGUACUAUUUAAAUGUUUUAUUAUACUAAUAUUUUAUAUUUUUGUUGUCAUUUAAAAGUGGAGCUUUAGUUUAUCUCCUUUCUGUAAACACCCCUUAAUAAUUUCAUAGAAAGUAGCUUUGCAACAUUAAAGCUUUGAGGAACAACACUUCAGCAUAUGUGAUGCAAAAUGUAUUCCGAAAGAUCUAAUUCAACCAUAUUUUUUUCAGUCUUUAUCAUGUUUAGCUCAUGGUGGCUAAUAAAGGAACACUUUGUGUGUGAUUAUUAUAAAGUUUUCAUUAUAAUAUUUGAGUCCUAGAGUUUUUAUAUACACUAAAUCUUGACGUUGUGCCAUUUCUAACAGCUAAUCGUAGCACCUCUAGCCAGAGAGUAGUCAUUAUACUUCCUAAGUAAGCAAUAAUUUAAAUCAAAUACUGUUUUAUUUUAAUAUAAUUGACCUUUACAUUUAUUAUGUGUUGACUUCUAAUCUGUUUCAGGAAGAAGAUUAUUGUGAUGAUCCCAAAGUAUAAACCAUGUCCCUGAUAUUUUAGAAUAUUCUAAAUGUAUUCCUUUUUUUGUAUAGUGGGUUUGUCUAGAGACAUUCGACUAUAGGCUUUUUCUAAGUUAAGGAAAAGGAGGCUUUUUGUUCUUUUCAGAUUAUGAAUUCCAAAUACUUUUUAAAAGAUGUGAAAGCACUGAAAGUAAAAAUUUUAAGCUGUAAUUCAGCUACCUGUUUCUUCUUUAGCAAACCAAGUUAGGUGUUAUAAAUGUUUGUGAUACAUGCUGCAGAGUGCAGAAAUAACAUGUUACUCCUUUUAUUACAGGUAAGGGAAUAAAAUUAUUAAAAGAUGUCAUUUUUAUAAUGUAUGUGAAUAACAAAUGGUCUUCAACAUCUUUUUAAAUAACAUAUUUUGUAAUGUUUAGUGUCUAUUUUGCUUGAGGUAUUUCGUACAUAUGUGCCUUGUGAUUGCUGCUGCUUUAAAGAAUACUCUUUGGGGAAUGAAUCUGUUUUGUUUUGUUAAUGAAAUAAACCUACAUUCCUGAUAAGCAGUCUAUUUGCCUAUGUAGCAUAUUCAACACAAUAAUUUUUUGAUCUUAACAUUUUUGUAAACCUAGCAAAGUUUUCUGUGUGUGUGUGUUGAGAAACAAUUUAAUUUCUUAAGUGUUUUUCUUCAAUAUAUAGUAUCUGAAAUUUCCUGGGUUCAUACUGAUUAAAG